UUAUUCUCGUUAGGAGUCGCUGCGGACUCCAAAGUCGAGACUCUCACAGUCAUAGAGGUAUGGCCUUUUCGCAGAUCAUCUUUGAGAUUAUUAUUUUUAAUUUCGUUAUUGGAAACAAGUCUGUUGAAGGUGUAUCUGUGAAUAUUACUGGUUCGUCUUCCCAUGCAGUGCUCAAUGAAUCGUUUACUUUCACCUGCACCGUCACAGACGCUGGUAAUCUUAAGGAUGGCGUGGAUUUUUUUAUCAAGACUCCUCCGUUUGGUCUAGUAGGUUCUCUCCAUCAGAAUAUGGCUACAUGUUCAGUGUUUAAUACUCCAGUAAGUCCAAGAUACACUGUAGCUUGUGGAGGUGGAACAAACAGUUCCUUGGCUGCCACCAAGAUCUAUACUUUGGUGAUCAGCAGCGUUCAACUCAAUGAUAGUACAACCUGGUGGUGUCAUCUGCCGAGAAAUAAAGCAAAAAGCAACCUUUUAAGAUUCGCUAUUAAAAGUGAAGCCAUAACAGCCACUGAUUGUUUAAAUUAUGGGAACCCCGGACAAAAUACAAACUUAACCUGUCGUAUUACUGGUCCAUUAUUUAGUGGAAUCAGAUGGUUGAGACCUAAUGGCGGAAUACCACAAGAGGUAAUAACAUGUAACAAAGAUAACAAUCACUGUAAUCUUUCUGAAGGUAUUGCAGGCUACGUUGGUGUUCCUGACUCAACUAAUGCAGCAAGUACUCUUAUAAUAGAAUCGUUCAACCCUUCAGUCGAUGGCGGUUACUGGACGUGUCAAGAUGGAGCAUCAGGAAUGGGAAAAUCCACUUGCAACAAGAUGUAUGGCCCAGUUGCAGGCAGUAUUAAAUUCAAGCCUACUGCAAAUGUCUCAGAAGCAGACGAUGUGGCUGUGGACUGCACUGUUGGCUGUAACCCACCAUGUGACUACUCCUGGAAACUGGAGAAUAAAGAAAUUUCUACACGUCCUCUGUUAACACUGGAAGCUAUCAAAAGUGACCAGGACGGGAAAGUGUACACCUGUACAGUGACAAACUCUGCUCUAUCAAAAUCUAUUAGUAAAAACUUUACACCGAGUGUCAUUUCUUUCCAGACAGCAAUUGACUGCAAUGGUGAUGGCUACCCAGAGCGAAGUACAAACUUAUCAUGUAAAGUUACUGGACCUGUACGUUAUAGCAUUUACAUUUUUCGACCAAAUGGAGGAGUGCCAUUACAAGUGGCAAGAUGUAAAAAUGAUAUGACUUUAUGUUUUGAAACUGAGGAUGGCUACAGCAUUGUCGGGAAUGCAGAUACACAGAUUGUUGAUCUCACCAUAAAGUCCUUCAAUACAGCAACAGAUGCAGGAGAAUGGAUGUGUGAUGAUGGAAGAUCCACUACUGGCAGAUCUACAUGUAUCAAAACUGUAAUGCAUGGUCCAAGCAAUGUUACAUUCAUUCCUCCAACACCAAGUGUCAAAGAAGGAGAAGAUCUGACUGUCAACUGUAGUGCCGACUGUCACCCACCAUGUUCCUUCUCCUGGACACAGGGGAACAACACAGUCUCAUCAGACUCUCUGUUAACACUCAGACACAUCAGCAUGAAUCAGAGCGGCAGAGUGUACACAUGUACCGUGAACAACACGGCUAUACCGAAAUCAACAAGUAAAGACUUCGCUCUUGUGGUGGACAAACCACCUACUCAACAUGGUCCAGAGCGCAUGUCUGCCUUAAGUGCAGGUGCUAUAUCUGGAAUUGUGAUCGCUGUUGUACUGGCUCUUGCUAUUCCUACUGUUUGGAUACUUUACAAGAGGAACAUAAAGAAGAAACCUGAAGAUAUGCAGAACAUAAUAACUAAAUAUAACCAAAAUCAAUCUCAUAGCCCUACAUUGUUCCGUAACUAGAACCCGAAGACAGAAUGACGUCUACGCUACAACACCACAGUUGUUUGUUUUUUUGCCAUGAUUCGAACGACUUUAUAAGUAAAAAAACUUACAUUAAAUUAAUAUGAUUUACUGGCUUAAGUGUUCCAGUAUAUUAUAUUUGCUCGUUUCUUGAAAUAAAAUUAUAGCUCCAAUUUGCAGUACCAUAGUAUUUCACUAAUUUUACAUUUAGUUGCCAAAAUUAACAAUAGUAUGUUUCCAUGAAAAGGUAACUGAUGAAUUUGCACGUAACUGUAUAAUGAAUAACUUGUAUCUGAAAAUGCUGUAACAGCGAAGUUAGGCAGUUUUUUCUGAAUUUUUACUUAUAUUCAAUCAAGCAGUACGAGGAUAUUAACGGCUGAAUUGCACGUGCAAUUACUUUACUUGUCUGGUGAUUAAUUGUUUUUAUCCGUAUUUAAAAAGAGUGUUUUACUUUUGAAUACAGAGGGACAGUCCUUCAACUUACAGAGCAUUUUUUAUUACUAACAAUACACAUUAAAAAUAGUUUCUUGAUUAUAAUAUCAGUAUCUGUACAAACAAUGCGUUUCUUUGUCACCCAAAAUCGAUUUUGCCUUCCAAUAAGUUCGAAAAUACGUAAAAAUAUAUAUUACAAAGUAAAAUGAAAAAUGACAGCUCCAAAUAUUAAACACAUACCGACACUGGUAUUCGAAACAAGAAAAUGACAGCUCCAAAUAUUAAACACAUACCGACACUGGUAUUCGAAACAAGAAAAUGACAGCUCCAAGUAUUAAACACAUACCGACACUGGUAUUCGAAACAAGAAAAUGUGGAAGUGAGUUUCUUUUUUCCAUUUUCAUUUUGUUUAGUUUUUUCUUUGUUUACGUUUGGGGUUUUGGGGUGUUUUUUUUUGAAGAUAACUUCAUAAUACAUUUAUGAACUAUGACAUGUAUGGUUUAAAUAUAUUUUACUGUAUACUUGUCUUUGCAUUACCUGGUCUGUCUAGGAUCGAUCGCAGUCGACCCAUCGGGUAUGAGUGGUAUAUGAAUGCCUUGGUAUGUGCUGUUCUGUCUGUGGGAUGGUGCAUAUAAAAGAUCACUAGCUACUAAUGGAUAAAUGUAGCGUGUUUUCUUUCCCAGAUAAAAAAAAAAGUUACCAAAUUGUUCACACCCAAUAGCCGAUGUUUAAUAAAUCAGUGUGCUCUAGUGGUGUCGUUAAACAAAAGAAACUUUAACUAUGUAUUCCCAAUAAUGAGUAAAGAGUGUUAAUCCUACUUUUAUUCUCGUACGAGCUGCGAAAAAUCUUACAAAAUACCAAAAAUAUAUGUCAAAACUUCAUUAAAAAACAAGGAUUCCUUAGACUUGACGUCAUUUUAAUGUUUUCUAUGCCACACUAUACUGGAAGUCAUACAAAUUACAUCAUCAUUCAAGAGAACGUCAUAUGAAUUACGUCACUAUUUAAGGGAGUAAGCCAAAAUCUUAUUUUCAUGCAGAAUUUUCAACAUUUUUUGUUUAUAAUUCCAAUCUCUAAAAAAUCACUUUAUUAUAAACCCUUGGAUUGGUCAAAUUCGUAUUACGUGAUGAUAAAAACUGGCAUUCAUAGCACCAUGAAUCU